GAUUCGAAGUAAAUUCGGCAGGUAUCCGCAGGAUAUAUUUUCAACCGGCUUCCACUAGCUUCGCUGCGUGCGUACACACAGAGACCGAGUAGCUCCGUUAACAUUGCUGGCAAGGGGUCGUGGGGUCGCACGUAAACCGGUCGAGUUUCUUACCAUCAUGAUGGGGACUCCGGCUUCAUUUCAUCGCAUAAAAGGACAGGUGAUUUUGGUGAUUACCGGAAACCCAGGCCGCCCAGUUAUAUAUUGACAUUCUCAGCUGAAGCCUGAAGCCUCGGAAAUCGCUCAGUGGUCAAGCAUGUACUACAAGUCACUCUACCCUGACCUGCCAAAGGUCCCCGAAUCAAACGCCCACCACUUGAUUUUCAACCGGCCUGACCAGCAGGAGUGGCCAGAUUACACUUUGUUCGUGAACGUGGUUACUGGCAAGCGUCGUUCAUUCAAGGAGUUUGUUGAGCGUGUCCGCGAUGGAGCAACUGCGCUUGGUGCUGACGUGGCGCAGGGUGGCCUAGGUCUUCGUCCAGAGAAUGGAGAUCUUGUAGGCAUUUUGAGCGAGAACUGUCCGGACUAUAUCGCGUUGAUGCAUUCGCUACUAGCCAUCACAGUCCCAUUUGCGCUAUUUUCAUCCUACUCAACGUCGUACGAGCUCAAACACGCCAAUUCGCUCGCGCAGGCGACUAGGGUCUUUGUCAGUCCCUCGUUACUACCUCUCGCCUUGACCUUGGGUCUCCCAGCGGAUCGGAUCUACCUCCUAGAAGGAGAGAACAAAGGCUAUAUAAGCUACGAUCAGCUCAUCUCCUCUGCUCGAAAGAAUAGCAUUCCACGUCUGCCAGUCCGUCAUGCUACAAAGGACACUCUGGCAUACCUGAUCUAUUCCAGUGGAACAAGCGGUCCUCCCAAAGCCGUCAUGAUAUCCCACGGAAACAUCACCCAUACCGUCCUAGGACUGAUGGUACACGGCAUGGAAGCGGCUAAAAUUCUAGAGCCACCAGCAUCCGACACCCCUGAUGGGGUUCAAGUAUACUUUAAUGUCCUUCCAGUCUACCACUCUUUUGCCCUCUUCAUGACCACAUUUUUGAACUUUAUGCAACCCUGUACGAUAGUCAUGUUGCCGAAGUGGGACAUAGAUCUGUUUUUCGACAGUGUCCCGAAAUACCGCAUCACGACGAUAAGCCUCGUCCCAUCACUGGUACACCAACUGGUUCACCAUCCCCGCUUCAAAACUACCGAUCUGAGCACAAUUAAAGGCAUAGGCAGUGGUGCUGCAUACCUCCCGCCCCACCUUGCCGACCAGCUUUGCGCCCGCUUCCCAGAAAUGGACGCACUUACCGAAGGCUAUGGUUUGUCCGAAUUCACAAUGAUUGCCUCCCUGAAACCUAUCCCUGGCAUGCUCAACGGACGCGCCGUGACGAAGCCUGGGUCUAUUGGAAUCCUCUGCCCUGGCGUCGAGGCUCGCAUCAUCCGUCCUGAUGGGUCCCUCGCGGGUGUGAACGAGGCGGGUGAGCUCCUCAUACGUGGGGGCGCAGCAGCGCUGGGAUACAGGGGGAACGAGAAGUCUACGCGGGAGACAUUCGUUGACGGCUGGGUGCACACGGGCGACCAUAUACGGAUUGAUGCAGAUGGGGUGCUUUUCUUCGAGGACCGUGCCAAGGAUACGCUCAAAGUAUCUGGGAUGCAAGUCUCCCCCGUCGAAAUUGAGGAUACGCUCCUCGCGCAGCCCGACAAGCUCAUUACUGAUGCAAGUGUCGCGGGCGUUUCGGGAGGGCGUACCUCGGACGAACGCGUCCCGCGCGCAUGGAUCGUGCUAUCUCCGACAGGCGCUGUGCUGGGUGAGAAGGAGGUCGUGGCACGUCUCAACGCGUGGGUGCAGGAGCGGCUGAGUCGGUACAAGUGGUUGAGGGGGGGCAUCGGGAUUGUGGAGAUGAUUCCGAAGUCGCCGACUGGGAAAGUGUUGAGGCGGGUGUUGGUGGAGGAGUAUGAAAGGGAGGCGAAAGCGAUGGCGAAAUUAUGAAGAAGCAACGAAACUUUCUUUGAGCACACGAGUCUCUGUCUGAACGCGAAUGGGUUCGGUGACGUAUCAGCACGUCGUGAGCUUGGAGCUGUCAUCAACCCUCGAGCCUUUAGUCUCUGCUACCAACACUAACUAUGUAAGCAUUUCUUUGCAUCACACGCCCAGACACUGUAAACCACUAUGUCAUAUUUGACUGACCUACGCGUCCACGUUCGUACCACUGUCGCUGAGGAGUCUUCAGCGUGACAGGCAG